CGGCAGAGAUGGACAGUGUGAAUUCUACGGAGGGUAGUGGGUUACCUCACUCGACCACUUCGCUGGUGUUCAUAUGUUUUUUCGCCCUUCUCAGCCAAGGACUCACCAUCGGCGGCAACAUCCUCGUCAUGUUGGCCUUCCGUAUUGAACGUCGUCUGCAUAAACCCAGCAACUACUUCUUACUAAGCCUUGCGGCUGCCGAUCUUAUCAUCGGCCUUUUCUCCAUGCCCGUGUAUUCCCUCUACCUCAUCAUGGGCACUUGGCCCUUUGGUUCUGUUGUUUGUGACCUGUGGAUAUCCGUAGACUACGCAUGCUCAGAAGUAUCUGUAUUGAACCUGAUACUUAUAAGUGCGGACCGGAUGUGGUCCGUUCGUAGCCCUGCGCGGUACAGGAACAAAAUGACGCUGCAACGCGCGGUGAUAAUGAUUAUUCCAACAUGGGUUUUACCUUUACUGCUUUAUUUCACAUCCGUCCUCGGUUGGACUAAAUUCACAAAUACCGAAGAUACACGACCUACUGGCGAGUGUUAUUUACCUUUUAUGCAGGAUUCCCCUUCUUUCGUAACAAUAUCUACAGUAUUUGUGUACUGGGUGCCACUAAUUGCCAUUUUUAUCAUGUACGCGAACAUCUAUAGGAUCAUUAGAAAUUUAGCGAAGAGGAAGAAAAAGGGCAAGGAAAAGCGACCGAGUACGGCUUUGCCCCGUCCUUGCCCUGAUCAACUGCAAAGGAUAGCUCCUGUGGAGCCCACCUGUCUAGAGACCGAAGCUCCAGGUAUGGUCACAGAUUACACCACCACGACCACAACGACGACGUCAACGAGUCUCAAUGCCGAUGGUUCGCGUCCGGAUGUGCCUCGUGUUGGGGUAAACAAAUGCAUCGUGAAGCGGAACAAAUCAGAUGCAGAUAGCUGUCUCGAUUCCAGCGAUGAAACGUCGUCAUCGGAGCGAAGACCAGAAAGCACCAUGUCGGCGUCGUCAAGGAAUGCAGUGGAUUCAAAAUCAAAGCGAGUAAAUAAUAACAAGGUGAAGGUUGGUUCGUUAAAGCGUGGAAAUCAGGGAAGUAUGAGUGGAAGUAAGCGAGGUUUUCGUAGGACGCGUUCACAGCGCGGUGAAAGACAAAGUCGAAGCGAGCGGAAAGCAACGCGUACUUUGACCUUCAUUUUAGGGGCUUUCUUUAUCACAUGGAGUCCGUAUUCCACCAUGGUAAUCAUUAUGGCAUGGUGUGAGACAUGUGUUCCAGCAGAACUAUAUCAUUUUAGUUAUUAUCUUUGUUAUAUCAACAGCACCAUCAACCCACUCUGCUACGCUUUCGCCAACGAAUUAUUUCGAGCAAGUUUUCAUAAAAUUCUCACUUGUAAGACGUGUCGUGGAUAAUGGCCAGGGUGUGACGGAUUUUUUUAUUAAGUUUCACUAUCUUAAAAAAAGACUGUCCUGAGUUGAAACAGUUGUGGUCUUCUUUAAAAAUGAAGAACCCUUUCUGACAAAAUGUUGACAAUGUGAUGCUAAUGCGUUCCGCUCUUGACAACACCUGUGGAAUUCACAAUCAAUUUCAUCACGACGAAUGUGUGACGUCAUCGUUACGUAGCUUCUGUGCACUAACACUAAGUCAUGUGAUACGCAUGCGUUGCCAGUUUACAUGGACGACAAUGAAAGAAUGAGUCUAAACUGUAAAGAACUCAUUAAACUUAAACUAUGAACCAAUGUAUCACGUGAUAGCAAGCUUGUAAUCGUUUCGCUGUUUCAAACACGCCCCACCAGACUGAAUAUCAUCUUGAAAAAAAAUGUCUUGAAAAUAUUCACCAAGUUUCUAACAACAUGGAAAUAUUCGUCUUCUUUCUACAAAUUCAAUGAGUGUUUCCCACUACUGUAAAUAAUAAGAAAAGCUCGUUGGUCAACAUAGUGGGUCCGUAAAUUGGUCAGUAGCAGUGCAUACCAAAUCACCAUCCAUCCUGUGUAAUAUCUCCCGAUGUAUACCGGUGUUACAUAAAGACAAACCUUGUAGUAUAGCAGUAAAUUUAAGAUUGAAUUAUUGUGAUGACCUUACUCGAAUGUAUUUGACACAAUGGAAUAAACAGGGGUGGAUCUGGGAUUUUCCAUUCGGGUACCAUUUUGUUGACAAAAAUCUGACAAGCAAAAAAAAAACCUAAUAAUAUUUUUAAUAAGUGUUUCACUUGCGUAUGUCCGACAUUUUCCACUACAAACAUGACAAAUAUUUUUUGUUAUGGCUCUCAAUGGGAGGGCUCAGGCUGUGGAUGUGCCCUGUUACAACCGAUACUGUCGCAGCGACGCUUAAUGUCGCAAUUGCGACAUUAUGCGUUGGAUGAUUUUGGCAUAAUGUCACAGUCAACGCAUAAUGUCGUAGCUUAAAUUACUAACGCAUAACGUCGCAAGUCUUAACGCAUAAUGUCGCAGCGGUAUUUUAUUCUGGAAUCGAGUUGCAGAUAAGAUAUAAGAUAUGUUUUCAAUCAGUAAUUCAUUUAAGCUCUGUCAUCUGAAAGUUUUUGAAAGUUGGUAGGACAGGCGUGAAUACAGGGGAGGGGGCAGUAUUGAAUUCAUUAUGAUGAAGAGUGGUCACUUUUUAAGAAUUUAAUAUUGUAUCGUUGUUCAUGACAUUUUAAGUAUUGGUCCUAUGCAAAUCUCCGUGGUAGAGAGGGGAGCACGUGAUAAAUUAAUAACAUGUUGGUACGUAGCGGGAGGGGGCAAAAUUAAUGCCCCCCGGAAAAAAAUGAAAACCUUCCUUGCUUACUGAAGAGUUUUACAAACCUCACUAAAAUGUGCACGAAAUCACUAAACAUCACUUUAGAGUCAUUUUUUACAUGAACACAUCCCCUCCUCACAGAAAAAAAUCUGUGUAUGUAUAUGUAUUUCUUUAAAGAAAAUAAAAAUAACUGGGCUUUACAAUAUUUUACAUGCAUUGACAACCUGUUUUCGUUUCUCUUCAAAAUAACGAGAGCCCCCGAGCAGUGGCGGCACCAGGAUGUUAAAACUGGUGGGUGGCAAAUAAAAAGGGAUAGAGGUGGACUAAAAUUUAUUUUGCAUGUUUCACAAAAUGGAGUGUGAAGCGCGACUUGGGCGCUGGAUCCAACUUUUGGGUCCCUUCUGGAGUCCAGGGUCUGAGCACGCAUGUACUUGUUUCUAAUACAGUAUAUAAAGCGGGAUUUCGCCAAAAGGGGGGUGGGGCGCAGAAUGUUGUCAUUCAUGUUUCCCCGAUGGGCCGCUAAAAGCAAAUUUUUGCUGUUGGUUUAUAGAAGGAGCAGUCCCAACUAAAGACUGAAGUUUCAAGUGCAUUUUAUAAUUACCCUAUCUAUCUCACAUUGCCUAAAUAGAUAAUGAGAGCGCGAAGCGCGAGCUCAUUUUUGGAUAUUUGAUGCAUUUCGACCAAAGCAAUAAACAUUCUGAGCAGUUUUUGCCAGUAUAAGAUAUGCGAGCGCGAAUCGAGCGCUAAACUUUUAAUAUAUUGAUGGCACAUUCCGAGUAACAAUACGAAAUAUGAUGUCUUUAUUUAAAUGUCAUGAACAACAAUGAAAUGUAACUAAAUUGGUAUUUAUUUUCAGCUAGAUGACUUUAGUCUCCUGCAAAAUAAGUUGAAUUGCAUGUAUAGCGAUAUGCACCGAUGAAUGGUGGUAUGCGUAUGCUUGCGUUUCACUAGUCCACACAUUAAAAAUUUUCAAAGUCCACUGGCCCCCUUCUCCUGACAAUGAAUUCGAUACUGACCCCCUCCCCUGCAUCUGCACCUGCCCCAUCAAACACGCUCUUAAAAGCGUUCAGAUGUCAGAGCUUGCACAAAUUAAUCCGUAUAAAACAUAUUUUAUGUCUUAUAUUUAACUCGAGUCCAGAAGCGAAUACCGCUGCGACAUUAUGCGUUAAGACUUGCGACGUUAUGCGUUAGUAGAAAAGCUACGACAUUAUGCGUUGACUGUGACAUUAUGCGUUGGACGCUCUUGGCAUAAUGUCGUAAUCUGCGACAUUAUGCGUUGCGUUGGUGUGACAUUAUGCGUUGGUGCGACAUUAUCGGUUGUAACAUGCCCCACCCCUGGUCGUCACUGAAUAUGAAUUAUCUUGAACAUUCAUCUGCGAACAUUAUUAAAUGGUGAAUGAUCAUCUCGUUAUGGAAUUGCAAUAAUUACUUGGAAACUGUCUCUGAAAACAUUUUGAUAAAGAGAUUCUCUGUCACCUUUACGCCUAUGAACAUGAUGUAUGAUGAGUACAAGAAUUAUUAUAUGAUAAAAAUAAUGAUAGAAACUUCCACAAGAAAGACACUUUUCGUUAAAUAAUUUUCAGUACAUAAGCUCGGAUAACGAGCAACAAUCAGAAUUACAUCAAAUCCACAAUUAGUCGUAAUGGCAAAAUAGGCAAAAAGAAUCAGAGAUGCAAGAAGAAAAUCACAAUUUCUGCAGUUAUCAUAAUUCAUAUAGAAAACAUCUAAAUUUUGUUCGUGUGAGUUGGAUUACCAAAGAAGAGAGAAACGCUUAAGGAUACAAAACGAAGCGCGGAUGAGUAUGUGAGUUCUGUAGGUGUUCGAAAAUUAUUGGUAAAAAUGUCAUUGUACAAAUUCACAGUGAUAUUUUACAGAGUUGUGUUUAAAAAUCUCUAUUACCAUGAUUACUGACUAGUAAUAUCUAUCAAUAAUUAUUGAGUCUUGAGGCAAAUUGUGUGGCGCUUAAAUCAUUCAAGUCGCCUGUGUGCAUGUACUUCGUAUUGCUAUUGAAUCUUUUCAACCGUAAUAGAGAGUACUGGCAGUGUGAAGAAAAAAUAUGCUGCAAAUCAUCCACUAAAUAAAAUAUUUAGAUCAGAAUUGUGGUACAAAGAUGAUUAGAGUGAGGGUAUAGCUAAAUGGAACUAGAAUGGAACAAAAAGAGAACUGAAAAAAAUAUAUAGGCCCUAUAACCAGAUAAUAAUUACGGUUGUCCAAAAUCAGAGUAUAAGUCGUGUGUAGUGGAAUGACGAUUAAUUCACUUGAUCCCGAAAUACACAAACUUCUGAAAUUAGUCCGUGCUUACGGGCACAACUCAUUUUUUAAAUGUGAAUGACUGUGAAGAGAGAUGUAAUGGAAGCAAAGAUGAGAAACAGAAGGGAAUAUCAGAGAUAGAGUUAUAGAGAGGGAGAAUGUUGAUAAGAGGGGAUGAGGGAACGUUGGUGCUAGAACAUUUUGAAAAUUGAAGAAAUAUAAGCAAAGACAUGGAAAAUUCGAUGAAAUGUAGAAGAGAUUUUUGGAAUUUGGAAAUGGUGAGAGAUGUGUAAAAGAAAAUAAUCACAACAGAAAUAUUUCUAAUGGAUACACAAAUAAUGAGGAGCCGUCGAUUUUAAACAACACUGUAACAUAUUUGAAGUGUUAUGAAGUGAGCAGAGAGAGAAGGAAGGAGAAAGAAAAAACAAUGCUAUAGCAAAACGUCAGAUCAAGCGUUAGAAUUAGGAAAAUGACAUGACCGAAAUAGAAACUAUCAAAUAAUCUUGCAUAAGGAGUUAACUAGUGUGAAAUGAGUCGAGAAAUUUCAGACGGAGAAAUGAGUGAUUACAAGACGUUCAUGGGCGGAUCCAGGAUUUUCCAAAGGGAGAGGGGCAUAUUCCCGAGAAAAUUUUGACAAGCAAAAAAAAAGAAAGAACAAAAAAAGAAAGGUCCUUGUGUAUGAGCGACAUAUUCCCAUUAAAAACAUAUGUUGUGACUUUCAAAAGGAGGAUACACUUUCGUAAAAACGGCAUAAUUUGAUUAAGGCUGUCAAGAGGGGGGGGGGCACUGGCCGGAUGUGCCCCCCCCCCCUGGAUCCGCGAGUGAAGAGGUGGUAAAUUUAAGAGAAGGGGGAGGUGGAAAGAAGGUGGGGAGCAGUGACGUAUCUAGGGAGAUACAGCGCUCAGGGCUAUAGUGCCAAUAAGUUACUCUGGUAUUCUUAAAAAACCUUCAAAUUAUCUAAUUUAUUUCUUUAUAUACAUUCCCAUUUGCAUUUUUGAGUGCCCUGACAGAGGCACAUAAGACAUGCGAUCUUUGCUCCUUUCGCCAAUGAGGGAGGUGAUAUUACGACAUAAAUACAAUUAUUACAGAGGUGUAAUGAAAGGCAGGUGUAAGUCAAGGAGUUGCCAGAGAAUGAUUAUAGUUGAACAAUCGAAGAUUACAUAAAGAAACGAGGAUGAUAUGCAAGAUAGAGGGAGUGGUUUUGGAAAAAUAAAAAAAACAGUUUUACAUUUAUUUUGGGGCUCAAAUGGAGAGAGGUGACGUGUGAAAGUACAAUGUGUCUGGUUUGCUGAUAGAGUGUGUCAAAAGUCGAGGAAAAUGAAAAUACAGCAUUCUUUCUCAAGGACGAUGCACAUGGUGGAAGGGAAGAGAAGUAAGGGAGGUGAGGAGAGAAAAUAGAAUUAAGAGAGGUAAGAGUUUCAUGAAACGAGCUGGGAGAGGGCAUUUAGAGAUGACGAAUUCUAAAGUUAUCUAAAAGUGACAUUGAGAGUCUUAGGCACAAUUGGUACGAUCAGAGGUCGUGUGGAGAUUUAUUUAUAUAAAAUCGCUUAAUUAAAGCUAAGAAGAAAGUGAAUUAAAAUCACGCAUACAUAAAACAUGAAUAGAGCUUAUGAGCGUAAAAAGUAUCACUUCUACCUGAAAGUCUUGUACGUGAAUAUCAUGGCAGAAUAAGAAGGGAUUUUUUUUUUCUUUUGCUAGAGAAUAGGUGUGAUUAUCUCGAAAAGCUGAAAAGGACCAAAAUGUAGGCCUACUUGCAGUGAGUGAGCGAGAAAUAGAGGAGAGGGAGAGAGAUAGACGGGGAAAGAAUGAGAGAGAACAACAAUAUAAAAAAUAUGAGAGAGUGGGAACAUAAAGAGUGACAGAAAGAGAAGAGGGAGCUAAAGAGAGAGAAGGGGAUAAAGGAUGACAAUGUGUAUCCAAGUUUUGUAUUUCCGUACUGAAAAAAAAAUCACUUCUGUUAAAGACAAUUUGUCAUGGUGAUAAAGAUUAAUAUAGUAAGGUAUAAUAAGUAGAAGAUAAGCACUGAUCGUCAAUAUUUUAUUCGUAUUCGGGCAAGUGAAUAGUAUAAACUAUAUAGCACCAUUAUCAAUCUAGUUUCCUUUUAAAAAUCAUAUUCAAUUCAUCACUUCGAAAAAAAAUUGCCACGAGUACAAAACUUCUGACCGUAGAUGGCGUAAUUCUGUUAUCGUAUGGUACCGACCUCAAUAAAAUCGAAUAAAAUUUAGAAGUUUGCUCUCACCUUCAACAAUGAAAUAGAGGAAAUUCUCGCCGUCUAUGAUUUUGUCGACCUCUACUAACUCUAAAAUAUAGGACAUUUUGAUUUAUUUUUUUGCUUGUCUAUCUUCAUAAAAAAAGUAAAGUUUUAAAAUAAUGUCUACCUUUAUUCUUCGGUCUUUUCAUUUUUUAUUAGAAAAAAAGGUUGUUAAGGUGUAAGUUGCAAAUUGGGAAAUUGAUCCGAGUGAAAUGGUAUAAAAUUAUAUCUGGUUUUAGUGAAUAGGAAUAUUUAAUUCGCAAAGUAGGAAAUGAAAUAUGAGAAGUUCUCGUCAACAUAUUAAAAAUUACGAAGAAUCCCGCUAUUGUAAGCUAUAUAGCUUGAGACUAAAAAAAUGAUACAUCAAAUUCUCCUAAAUUUGUAUUUCUAGACACUGUUAUGGUGUUGCCUCUUCCUCACUGCUUCAUGAUUGAUAUACAUACAUUGCAUUGUAUUCCAUUUAUGAAAGCACUAUUUGUACAUAACACUAUACUAUUGAGCAAAGAUUCCAAUUAACAUUAUCGAGUUUAACACUGUUUAUAAAUGUUUUGAACUGCAACAACAGGUAUUUAUUGUUUUAAGUCACCAAAAAUAUUUUGGAAUUAAUUUUUAGUAUGAUUAUGAUUUGUAUAAUGAUAUGAAAAUUAUAUUAGUUCGGUAGUUAGAGUACAUUUGUAAUUGAAUUUGACCUUCAGACCUUCAAAAUAUUUAUAUAAGAGCUCACUCCAGAUUCGAUACUGCUAAAUAGAAUGAAAAUAGACAAAGAUCAUUGACGAUACAGAAAUUAUUAAAGUGUGCAGAUUUAUUUUUGUCAAAUGUGGAAUUAAAUUAUAAUUAAUAUAUUAAUUGAUAUUGAAAACCCUCUCAUGUCGGUAAUUACUGGUGGCUCCCAAACUAAGAAGAGAAUAACAAGGGGAAUGAAUCGGGUGGGUUGCUGUGUAAGUGUACAAAUUAUUGUCGUAUCUUAGGCGUAUUUUAAAAAUUGCCUCUCAAACUAGGUCAGAAGGGUCCAUCGAUGUUGGUUUUGCUUCCCCAUGCAUGCAAGGUGUUCCAUCUUUGUAGUGUAUUCACAGGAUACAGGAAGUCGAAGACCCCCCAAAAAUGGGGGAAAAAAGCCGUUCCUGUACGUUAUUUAGUCAAGUAAAAUAAAUUAACAGAAUAGCAGCACACUGUUGUAAUUUUUAAGUCUUGCAAUCUUCCGUCUACUUUGUGAACAUCCCGUGUUGGGUGCAAAGUAGGCCCAUAUAACAAACUUCUAACCUGAGUUUAUGGAAAAGAUGUAUAGCUUGAAAGCCCAUAUGUGGUGACUGUUGACAUUGUUAGCAUUGUUCUAUUUUAUUCGUUAUUUUUGUGGCAUUGUACUUUAAGAGACACGAGGUUGAUUUGUCUCUUUCAUGCGGAUGACCCGUUGAUUUUGUCAACGUGUCAAAUACCUAACUGGUCUUUGGCAACAAAGACAAAUGUUAAAAAUAAUCAAUGAUUCUGGUAGACUUUUAUAAGGGAUUUACUAAGUCUGAACCAAUACCUUUAGUGGACGCAAUGAUAUUAACAAGCACACUGUGUAACCGUGUAUGCAUAAAAUGUUAAUACAAUGACAUAUACCAUAUCCAUGUAUGGAUUGCCUUCAAAUUUUCAGAAACAAAAAAGGCAAAAAGCGUCUCUACUCGUAAAUCGAAUUUUAAAGUACCAGUUUACUGACUCAUAGGGUCUUUCCGGAUAAUUUCAGAAUAGGCUAAACUUUUGGCAGAGUGAUACCAGGGGGAGCUUGCAGGGGAAGAUGACAAAUGCGUGUGAUAUACUAGCACACAAAUAAUAGGUUCAAUGCUCGAUAAGUGGUACCAAGAACAAUCCAACAAGGAAAAAAAAACAAUCGACAGAAAUUGACUUUCGCGGAAAUUAUGAAUUCAUUGAUUUUUUUGUAGUGAAAAGAAUCUUGCAUACAAGUUUUUUUUAAACAGCUUCUUUACCCAUACUUCAUUCUAUUAGAGCAAAUAUUAAAGAAAAAUUAGAUUAACAUGCAGAAGGGAAAUUGAAUCACUUUCUACCGUUCAAAAUGAUAUAUCUAUAAAGCGUUAUGAAGUUUUAAAGUUAUGUUAAGACGAUUAAAGAAUAAACAUUGAAUAUAUUUUUGGUAUUUGAUAUGUGUAUUAUUGAAAUUCUACAAAAUUAAGAUUGAUAAAAUGUACACACUUAGAAUGUUGGGCAACAUACUGUCCACUGUGCUGGGUAAUGUAUGUUGGUAAAAAAAAACAUAUUUUGGGAAAUCAUCCAAUUGAGCAUUAAAAAAAAACAAAAUUAUUAGUUUUUAUUACCCAAUUUUGACAGAUUUUAACCAAUAGUUAUGUGGACAGUAUGUUGCCCAGUGAUGAUUAAAAAUUGGGCCCUUUUUGCCCAACCUUUUUAAAAGUUUAAUGAAUGUCAAUAUCCACUUCUAUUUAUAAACGUAGGAAAGACCUAAGGUAAAAACACAACCGGAUAUACUUUUCUAUUUUAUUCGUUAUUUUUGUGGCAUUGUACUUUAAGAGACACGAGGUUGAUGAAUUUGAAGUUUUCAUGUUCAUGUAUAUGUUUUACAAAGCUAUAUAAUGCAUUUACAAAGGAUUUAUAUUAUUUAUGUAUGAGCACAUGUGAAAUAAAAAUUUAAAAUAAA